CGUCCCGUCUCCCUGACGUAUGCUUGUGUCAUCGUCGCGCGCCCUGGGCCGGCAAGCGGGCGUCUACACGUGAGAGUCGCGGAAGCCCUGGGACCCGGUAGCCAUGGAGGAUGCUGAGCUCGGCGAGGGAUCCCCGGCCCCAGCGCCCCAGAAGCGCUACUAUCGACAACGAGCUCACUCUAAUCCCAUGGCCGACCACACGCUACGCUACCCUGUGAAGCCAGAGGAGAUGGACUGGUCUGAGCUCUACCCCAAGUUCUUUGCCCCACUGACUCACAACCAGAACCAUGAUGACCCAAAGGAUGAGAAAGAAGAGGGAGCUCAGGCCCAAGUGGAAUUUGCAGACAUAGGCUGUGGCUAUGGUGGUUUGUUAGUGGAACUAUCCCCGAUGUUCCCAAACACGCUGAUCCUUGGCUUAGAGAUCCGGGUAAAGGUCUCAGAUUAUGUUCAGGAUAGGAUCCGAGCCCUUCGAUCUACUUCUGGGGGUGGCUUCCAGAACAUCGCCUGUCUUCGUAGCAAUGCCAUGAAGCACCUACCCAACUUUUUCCACAAAGGGCAGUUGACAAAGAUGUUCUUCCUCUUUCCUGACCCACACUUCAAACGGACCAAACACAAGUGGCGAAUCAUCAGCCCUACGCUGCUGGCGGAAUAUGCUUACGUCCUGAGAAUUGGGGGGCUGGUAUAUACCAUCACUGAUGUGAUGGAACUGCACAACUGGAUCUGCACCCACUUUGAAGAGCAUCCCUUGUUUGAGCGAGUGCCACUGGAGGAAUUGGCUGAUGACCCUAUUGUAGGACGACUUGGCACUUCAACUGAAGAAGGAAAGAAAGUUCUUCGAAAUGGGGGGCAGAACUUUCCAGCUGUCUUCCGGAGAAUUCAAGACUCUGGGGCCUAAGUGCUAGCCCCUGGCUUCACUCUGGCUGGACAUUGUGUUCUGGGCCUGCCCUAUCUAACUCUGUUAACCCUGUGUCUGAAAGCAGUGACACAGACCUCUCUAUCUUCUGCGUGGCUGUGGGCAUCUCUGUGCUGCCCUAUUUCUGCUCCAGGCCUGAAAGCUUCCGUGGGAAGGGAAAGGACCUGGAUGUUCUGAGAAGCUUCCUCGAGUCUUUGAUUCUUCUUCAGGCUGAUUUCCACCAAGAAGCAGAAGGAAAAUGCACAUUUCAAGCCUAAGACAUGAUAAAAAAUGUUCCUGAAUUAAAAGGGACUGAUUGUUUAGAAGCUCUUUCAGUCAGGAUAUGCUCUGUAUAGCUGGAAUAAGAAAACAUUUUACACUGGCAGCCAAACUUCUGGCUGGGUCAGAUGAUUGUACUUUUUGUUUAUUUUGCUGUGCUAAAGAUUGUAUGUGUCUGUGUGUUUAAACUUGCCAGUGCUGCUGUCCAUGUAGAAGGCAAGCACCAGGUUUUUCUCCAACCCACCUCUCACCAUCUGUUGGCUUCUGGCUAUUCAGUGGUCUAAGGCUAUCUCAGUGACCACUUUUGGAAAGGAUAAGGGGAAGAUAAUUUGAAACAAAGAUGAUUGGCCCCUC